AUGGGGACCAAGAUGGCGGACCUCGAGAGCCCGCCGAAGGCGGCCGGGGGCCCUGCGCCGCCCGACGGGCUGGCAGGCGGCCGCUGCUCGGAAAUAUCCACCGAGUUCAUUCGCUCCCUGACGGAGCUGCAGGAUCUGGAAGCUGUGUACGAGCGACUGUGCGGAGAGGAGAAAGUUGUGGAGAGAGAGUUGGACGCUCUUUUGGAACAACAAAACACCAUUGAAAGUAAGAUGGUCGCUCUUCACCGAAUGGGACCCAACCUGCAGUUAAUUGAAGGAGAUGCGAAGCAGCUCGCUGGAAUGAUUACCUUUACCUGCAACCUAGCGGAGAAUGUGUCCAGCAAAGUCCGUCAGCUUGACCUGGCCAAGAACCGUCUUUACCAGGCCAUUCAGAGAGCGGACGACAUCUUGGACCUGAAGUUCUGCAUGGACGGAGUCCAGACGGCUCUGAGGAAUGAGGAUUACGAGCAGGCUGCCGCCCACAUUCAUCGCUAUCUGUGCCUGGACAAGUCCGUCAUUGAGCUCAGCCGACAGGGCAAAGAAGGGAGUAUGAUCGACGCCAACCUGAAGGCGCUGCAGAAGGCGGAGCAGCGUCUCCGAGCCAUCGUCACAGAAAAGUUCGAGCUCGCCACGAGAGAGAGCGACCUGCCGCAGGUGGAGCGCUUCUUCAAGAUCUUCCCACUGCUCGGGCUGCACGAGGAUGGCUUGAGCAAGUUCUCCGAGUACCUUUGCAAGCAGGUGGCCAGCAAGGCCGAGGAGAAUCUGCAGCUGGUGCUGGCGAUGGACUCGAGUGACCGGAGAGCGGCCGUCAUCUUCGCGGACACACUGACACUCCUGUUUGAAGGGAUUGCCCGCAUUGUGGAGACCCACCAGCCAAUAGUGGAGACCUACUACGGGCCGGGGAAGCUGUAUACCAUGAUCAAGUAUCUGCAGGUAGAAUGUGACCGGCAGGUGGAGAAGGUGGUCGACAAGUUCGUCCAGCAGAGGGACUACCACCAGCAGUUCCGGCAUGUCCAAAACAACCUGAUGAGAAAUUCUACAGCAGAAAAAAUCGAACCAAGAGAGCUGGACCCCAUCCUGACAGAGGUUACCCUGAUGAAUGCCCGCAGCGAGCUGUACUUACGCUUCCUCAGGAAGAGAAUCAGCUCGGACUUUGAGGUGGGGGACUCCAUGGCCUCAGAAGAAGUCAAGCUGGAGCACCAGAAGUGUCUGGACAAGCUCCUUAAUAACUGCCUGCUGAGCUGCACCAUGCAGGAGCUGAUUGGCUUCUACAUCACCAUGGAGGAGUACUUCAUGAGGGAGACGGUCAAUAAGGCUGUGGCCCUGGACACCUAUGAGAAGGGCCAGCUGACCUCCAGCAUGGUGGAUGAUGUCUUCUACAUCGUCAAGAAGUGCAUUGGACGGGCGCUGUCCAGCUCCAGCAUCGACUGUCUCUGUGCCAUGAUCAACCUCGCCACCACAGAGCUGGAGGCGGACUUCAGGGACGUCCUGUGUAACAAGCUGCGCCAGGGCUUCCCCGCCACCACCUUCCAGGACAUCCAGCGCGGGGUGACCAGCGCCGUGAGCCUCAUGCACAGCAGCCUCCAGCAGGGCAGGUUCGACACGAAGGGCAUCGAGAGCACGGACGAGGCGAAGCUCUCCUUCCUGGUGACUCUCAACAAUGUGGAGGUGUGCAGUGAGAACAUUUCCACCCUGAAGAAGACGCUCGAGAGCGACUGCACCAAGCUGUUCGGCCAGGGCAUCGGCGGAGAGCAGGCGCAGGCCAAGUUCGACAGCUGCCUCUCCGACCUGGUGGCCGUGUCCAACAAAUUCCGAGACCUCUUGCAGGAGGGGCUGGCAGAGCUGAACAGCACAGCCAUCAAGCCCCAGGUGCAGCCUUGGAUCAACACCUUCCUCUCCGUCUCCCACAACAUCGAGGAGGAGGAGUUCAACGACUAUGAGGCCAAUGACCCGUGGGUCCAGCAAUUCAUCCUUAACCUGGAGCAGCAGAUGGCCGAGUUCAAGGCCAGCCUGUCCCCGGUCAUCUAUGACAGUCUGACCGGCCUCAUGACGAGCCUUGUCGCCGUGGAGCUGGAGAAAGUGGUGCUGAAAUCCUCCUUCAACCGGCUGGGCGGCCUGCAGUUCGACAAGGAGCUGCGCUCACUCGUCGCCUACCUUACCACGGUCACCACCUGGACCAUCCGGGACAAGUUUGCUCGGCUCUCGCAGAUGGCCACCAUCCUCAACCUGGAGCGGGUGACUGAGAUCCUCGAUUACUGGGGGGCCAACUCGGGCCCGCUGACGUGGCGCCUCACCCCUGCGGAGGUGCGCCAGGUGCUGGCUCUGCGCACAGACUUCCGCAGCGAGGACAUCAAGAGGCUGCGCCUGUAGGGCCCCCCCCCAAGCCCCCCUGGCGCAAGCCAAGCGGGGGCUGCCUCUCCCACGAGACAGGCCUCCCAGGGCCCCCCAGGAAAGUCAAAGCUGGACAUCCGUGGUGGCCAUUCUCGCCUGGACACCGCAGCCGAAUGCUGCCUCCCUGCCGGGCCUGAAGGACCUGAGUAAAGUGCCUGGGAACAAAAGACACUCACCGGAGAGGCCCGAGGCUGUUUCCCAGGCGGGCUGGAUACCAUGGGGGGCGGGGCCCAGCCACCCUGAAACGCGGAGACAGUAGUCACUGGCUUACACUACAAGUGGCACACAGCUGCCACCAGGACCCUCCUAAGACCUGGCUCCUCGUCCAGUCGCAGACCCUCGCUGGGUGCUCAGCACUGGGGGCUGGCCAUCCCAGGGGUGGUGCCCCAGUGCCAGGAAAGUGGGCAGUGCUCCUGCCAAGAAUACAAGCCCUAAGAGGACAGUGCUGAAGGAUGGAGUGCAUUUAUUCCCAGGAAAGUUCCGGUCCUGAGAAGUCAUUGCCACGGGCAUCGGGUACCCUUGUGGCCACUCAUCAGAGAAUGGCCAGCUCACCGCCCGAGACCCUCGUGAGCACCUUACUGCUGGCCGGGAGUGGGUGCUGCCUCUGUUCAAGAUGAGCCUGGCCUCAAAGGCAGGGCAGGGGGCUACCAACCAUCAGCCAACACCAGGGAACAGUCCCUACACUGGGCCUGGCAUGGUAAAGGCACGUGUGACAUGAGCUGCAAUGCUGCUUCUGCAGGGCCUGGAGCGAUACGGCGGGGAGGGAAGGCCUCCCCUCGCACACGGUCAACCCAGGUCUCAUCCCAAGCACCCCAUG